UACAUCAGCCUCAAGUCGAUAGACCUAAAGUGAGAGGAGUGUUUAACGAUGGUCGGUAUACGAGUGCGUGUGGAUGCAAACAAACAAAUCAAACGCGAAGGCGGACGAGGAAGCUACCCCAGCUUUCCAGCUCGCGAUAUCCGCACCUCGGCUUCCCCGCGGACGUCCUUAGCCGGCCGCCGCAACAACUAACUAUGUCGACGUCGAGCAUGUGUACCACCAGAUUCGCGUCAAUCUCUUUUGACUUGCAUCACUUCAAUCGUCCCAAGUAGCACGUCGUACCCAACAGCGACUUCACCAUGACAACAGCACAUCAACCGCCCCCGCUGGCGGACAUCCGCGUCCUCGAAUUCGCAGGACUCGCUCCAGGGCCCUUCGCCGGCAUGCUCCUAGCAGACUAUGGCGCAACAGUCCUCCGCCUCGACCGCGCACCUGCAACCCCGUCCACCGACCAACUAACGCGCCGCAAAACUUCGAUAUGCGUAAACCUCAAGUCUCCUGCGGGCCUCGCGCUAAUCAAGAAGAUUGUCGCGAAUGUCGACGUUGUAAUCGAUCCCUUCCGACCCGGCGUGUUGGAGAAGGCCGGUCUCGACCCCGACAAAGUGCUGUUGAAGUUGAAUAAGCGGUUAAUCGUGGCGCGCAUGACCGGCUUCCGUCGAGACGGAAAAUACAGUCAAAUGGCUGGGCACGACAUCAACUACAUUGCUGUUUCGGGCGUGUUGAGUAUGUUUGGGCGCAAAGGGGAGAGGCCGUAUGCACCAGGCAAUGUAGUUGGAGAUUUUGCGGGAGGCGGCGCCAUGUGUUUCAUGGGUAUAGUGCUGGCACUGCUGGCGAGGGAAAGGAGCGGAUUUGGACAAAUCGUCGAGGCAAACAUGGUGGAUGGGAGUGCCAUAUUGGCGACUAUGCCACGAUUAGGACUAAAAACGGAGGUCUGGAAAAGGGAGAGGGGAACAAAUAUGCUCGAUGGUGGAGCGCCGUUUUACGAUACAUACGAGACCAAGGACGGGAAGUACAUGGCAGUAGGCGCGAUCGAACCACAGUUCUACGCCGCGUUGCUCAAGGGUAUGGGCCUUGAGCCGUCGGAUCUACCUGGGAAUAGAGAUGACAAGGCAGAUUGGCCAAAACUCAAAGACUUCUUCACAUUAGAAUUCAAGAAGAAGACGCGCGAGGAGUGGGAGGCUAUAUUUGACGGUACGGAUGCAUGUUGCACUCCUGUGCUUACACAGGGUGAGCUCGAGACCCAAGGUUUCGAUCAACGGCCGGCUGUAACCUUGAAGUCUACCCCUGGAUAUGCGAUCAAGGACGGUGAUGAUGGACGAUCGGCUGCAGAGGGUCAGGGUAUAGGAUUGGACGGCAGUGGGUGGAGCGAGAAGGGCUUGAGGCCUGGCCAUGGGGGUGAAGAUACGUUAAGCACAUGGAUGGGAUGGACAAAGGGGAGGCAUUAUAUCGAAGACCAAGGAGGAUUGGUCUGGAAGGAUUCUGCAAGGUUAUAGCCGUGCUAAACACUUUCUUCCUGAUAAUCUGCUCACUCUAUUGCUUCUCAGGUUGGUACAGGGCCAAAACAGGCUUCAUGUCUUCAGUAUACACAUGUAUUCAUACAAGCCAAAGUAUGUCGUCUCACU